GGCUAGUUCAAUUUUAGAUUAUGUUCUUUGAGUUUCGAACCGUAACUUAAUUCAUAGUUGAAAAAGUUUUACUGGAGUUAUAUUUUGAAAGUAGUGCAACACUUAAGGAAACUUAGCAUUUAUUGCUUAAAGUCGUUGCGCGUAAACAUUAAUUGAAACGAGCAAGUUUAACCAGUGUCAACAAGCAAAAACAAAUAAAACAUUAUGGAAAUUCAACAAUUGGAAAUAUUAUGCAAGCAGCUAUAUGAAGCGACAGAUUCAAAUAUUCGUGCUGAUGCUGAAAAGAGACUGGUGUUAUUCGUCAAUAGCCAGGACGCCUUACCAAAAUGCCAGUUAUUGUUAGAUCGAGCUCAUUCCAGUUAUGCGCAGCUCCUUGCUGCUUCUACCCUAACAAAACUCAUACAAGGAAUAACUCUUGGACAACGCAUUGAUAUUCGCAGCUAUGCCCUCAAUUACUUGGCAACCAGGCUUAAUUUGCAACAAUUUGUAGUACAAGCGCUUGUAACACUUUUAGCUAAAAUUACAAAAUAUGGAUGGUUUGAUUCAUGCAAGGGAGAAUUUAUCUUUCAAAACAUACUUGAAGAUGUGAAAAAGUUUUUACAGGGCUCAGUAGAGCAUUGUACAAUUGGCGUGCAAAUUCUGUCGCAGCUGGUAACAGAAAUGAAUUCAAUUGUGGAAUUAGAUGCACACCUGUCAUUUUCAAAAAACAGGAAGAUAGCUACAUCUUACCGAGAUCAACAGCUGUACGAUACUUUUCUACUCUCCUGUUCCCUUUUGAUAAAUGCUCGAGAUAAUAGCAAGAACUUAAACUUUUUGGACGAAUCGCAACAGGCGUUAAUAACGCAAGCCUUGCGUCUUACGAGGAACUGCCUUAGCUUUGACUUUAUUGGUAGCUCCACCGACGAGUCAGCAGAUGAUAUGAAUAAUGUCCAGAUACCAACAGCUUGGCGCCCUGCAUUUUUAGACACAAAUACAUUAACAUUAUUUUUUGAUUUAUAUCAAAUUUUGCCGAAUGGCUUAGCCAGUUACUCAUUGUCGUGCCUAGUACAAAUGACAUCUGUACGUCGAUCUCUAUUUAGUAACUCAGAAAGAACGAAAUUUCUCACGAACUUGGUAGAAGGAGUCAGAAAUAUACUCACAAACUUGCAUGGUCUAAGCGAUCCAGAUAAUUAUCAUGAAUUUUGUCGAUUGCUAGCACGUUUGAAAUCUAAUUAUCAAUUGGGGGAACUCAUAGCCGUUCCUUGUUAUCCGGAAGCGAUAGAAUUGAUAGCGAAAUUUACCGUACAAUCUUUACAUAUGUGGCUCUUUGCCCCAAAUAGUGUUCACUAUUUACUUACGUUAUGGCAGCGUAUGGUCGCAUCAGUACCAUACGUCAAAUCGCCAGAUCCGCAUUUACUUGGCACGUACACACCUGAAGUUAUUAAGGCCUACAUUGAGUCCCGUCUAGAUGCUGUAGCGCUGAUUGUACGUGAUAAUAUGGAGGAUCCAUUGGACGAUCUUUGUAUGGUGCAACAGCAGCUUGAGCAAUUAUCGGUAAUUGAGCGCUGCGAAUAUAAUAAGACUUGCAACCUUCUUGUGCAGCAUUUCGACCAAAAGGCAAGAGAAUACGAAAAUCUUUUACAGACGCUUAACUCAAGCCCAAUUGAUAUUACUAUUCAUGAGCUACAACUGACAUGGUUGGUUUAUAUAAUUGGUUCGGCUAUUGUGGGAAGACUUUCUGUGACCACCAGUGAUGAACACGAUACUAUGGAUGCGGAGCUUGUUAUUCGUGUACUGCAGCUAAUGCGCUUAACUGAUUCACGUCUACCUCAAACUGGUUGUGAAAAGCUAGAAUUGGCCAUUUUAAGCUUUUUAGACCAGGUUCGUAAAAUGCAUAGCAGUGACCAGGCUCAGAAGGCAACUGUUUAUAAGCGUCUGAAUGAAGUAUUUGGACUAAAUGAUGAGCAAAUGUUGCUUAGUUUUAUCAAUCGUAAAAUUAUAACUAACCUAAAAUUUUGGGGUCGCUCUGAGCAAAUAAUUACAAAAACUUUAGUGUUACUAUCCGAUCUCUCUGUGCAUUUUAAUUCAGUGCGAAAAUUGGCCCGCCUAGAAGAAGUACAGUUUAUGUUAACUCAUCACACAAGCGAACAUUUUCCCUUUCUUGGUACGAGCUCUUCUCUGAACGAAAUGCGGUGCCGUACAAUGUUUUACACUUCUUUAAGUCGGUUAUUAAUGUUUGAUUUGGGAGAAGAUGAAGAGCGUUUCUAUAAUUUUCUCACUCCCCUAACAAAUCAGUUUGAAUCCCUUGGAAAUGUAUUAAUGGACACAAAAUGCUUUCCUAAUGAUGAGGUCAAGAAAGCAAUUAUUGGACUUGCUCGAGACUUGCGUGGUCUAGCGUUGCCGCUUAAUGCUCGCAUUCAAUAUACAAUGCUUUUUGAAUGGCUUUACUAUACAGAUUACAUCCCUAUAUUGCUUCGUGCUGUAGAACUGUGGGCACAUGAACCUGCCAUCACCACGCCUGUGUUAAAGCUAUUUGCAGAAUUAGUGCAUUGUCGCACCCAGCGUCUAGCUGGAAAUGUGUCUAGUCCCAUGGGAAUUUUACUUUUUCGUGAAGCUUCAAAACUUAUUUGCAUAUAUGGCAAUCGUAUUUUACAUCUAGAAGUGACAACUGAUCAACUUUACCCAAUGAAAUUAAAAGGAAUAUCAAUAUGUUUUCUUAUCUUAAAAAAUGCGCUUGGAGGGAACUAUGUGAACUGCGGUGUGUUCAAAUUAUACGGUGAUGACACAUUACAUAAUGUGCUUGAUAUUAUUGCCCAACUUAUUCUUUCAAUACGUCAAAGUGAUUUAUUGGAAUAUCCAAAAUUGGCCUCGGCAUAUUACAAUUUAUUGAACUGUCUAUCUCAAGAUCAUGUAACAUACCUUGCCGCUUUAGAGCCACGAGCAUUUGUGUAUAUAUUGGAAAGUUUAAACAAAGGCCUUGCCGCACUAGAUUCGGCAAUUUACAUAAGCUGUUGCACAAUUUUAGACAGUAUUGUUUCGUACAUAUUUAAGCAGCUGCAAUUAAAAAUUUCAACAUUCCCAAAUAAGAAGCUUAGAAGUUUAUCACGGGAAAAUUCUCAAUUUCUUAAGGUAGUUGAGCUAAAUUCCGAGUUGCUACAGAACAUGAUGUCCUCAUUGUUAAACAAUGUAUUAGCUGAAGAUUGUCGAAAUCAAUGGUCCAUGUCUCGUCCAUUAUUGGUACUUAUAUUACUCUACGAAGACUAUUAUCGAUCAUUGAAAGAAAGCAUUAUACGUGGACAACCCGUUGAAAAGCAGCAGACAAUGGCCCAGUGGUUUGAAGAUUUGAUGCUUGGUAUUGAGCGCAAUGUGUCUAGUAAAAAUAAAGAAAAGUUUACACAGAAUUUAUCGACAUUUCGCAGAGAUGUAGCUAACCUACCAAAAUCGACAACGUAUUCAACAGAAAAUUCGUACCAGGUCUAUACUGAAACAAAUUACUCAAUAUCGGUAUAAAAAGCGGAACAUAUUUUCGCCUACUCGUUAUACCUGUCAGCAAGCUGUCAAAUCACAAUUUAUGUUCUUAUAUCUAACAAAUAGCACGUAAGCAAUAAAAAAUAUGUAAUAAUUUAUAUUUGUAAAAAUAGGUAUUGAAAUAAACC